AUAUAACGCUUUUACUGUCAUUCUUAAUCGCGUUCUGUUUGGUUCUGAUUCUGGCAAGAGAAAGAGAAGAUGCAAGGCGGUAGCAGGCGUGAAGAAGAAGAAGAAGAAGAAGAAGAAGAAGAAUUAAACAUAGGUGAACUUGCAUCCAAUCUUUCUACUUACAAACAACAACUCCAUCAGGUUAGAGAACUUCUGAAUGAUGAACCAACUAAUUCUGAGUAUGUCGACAUGGAAAGAGAGCUCUCUGAGGUCAUUGCUUUGACUGAAGAACUUCUUUCAACUGCUAAGCAAAAUGAAAUAUCCACUGCCACCCAAUCUCCAACACCCACCUACAAUAAACUGGACCUUCAUACCCACUUUGAUCAUCAACACCAAUUUCCUGUUGGCACCAGAGUUCAGGCUGUUUAUAGUGAUGAUGGGGAUUGGUAUGAUGCAACCGUUGAGGCUUACACACCAAAUGGUUAUUAUGUCAGCUAUGACACUUGGGGUAAUAAAGAAGAGGUAGAUCCCGCUAACAUAAGGCCAAUUCAAGAAGGAACUGUUGAUCCUUUGGUUGAAGCUGAGCGAGUUGCUGAAGCUACAAAGCAGGCUAUCAAACGGAAAAUUGCGCAAGCGGCAUCUGUUGAUUUUCAGUCACGGAGUCUACCUGCAAAGCUUCGUAUAGAGCCUGAUGACCCUGAGGAUGUGAAAGUUACCAAACGUAAGAAAAUACAUGCCUUUAAGUCUAAGAUGCGGAUGGAACAACUUGAAGUCACCCAAAAUAAGCGGCAAAAUGCUUGGCAGCAGUUCCAGACAACCAAGGGAAAAGCAAAAAAGAUUGGUUUCUUCUCCGGAAGGAAGCGUGAGAGUAUUUUUAAAUCUCCUGAUGAUCCUCAAGGAAAGGUUGGUGUGACUGGAAGUGGGAAAGGUCUGACAGAGUUCCAGAGAAGAGAAAAGCAUUUUCAUCUGAAGGAUGGUACAAUCGAGAAUGAUGAUUAGGUUAAGAAACCAGGAUUGUAUGUAUGUAACAUGCUCAAACCAAUCACUGUAGAGGCUGUUUGAUGCCAGACAAAAAUGCAUGUUAUCAAGUGAACUGUUUCGAGACUAUUUUAAGAUUAUUGAUUUGGUCCUUUUAUGUAUGUGCAAUUUACAUGGAUAUUGUCCCAAUUUAACAUGAUUAAUAAACAAA